UCUCACCGAAAACUGCCGGUUGACAUGUAGUCGGGAUCCAUGUUCGCUUGACCGCUCUGAUCCAUUCUAAACUUUCAUCUUCGGGAACUUUAAACAAGGAAACACCGGCUGUGUUUUUGUGGCUAAAGGCUAAAAGCUUCCCACCUCCAUCUUUCUACUUUGACUUCUCUAUUAUUAAUUGAAAAAAAUUGCAAAAGAUUCAGCAACACAGAUGUCCAGAAUACUGUGUGAUUAUGCGAUUAAAGCAGACUACUUAUAGCUUGGAUCGGGCUGGAAAAUAAUGAGACGUCAAACGCACCCAUCAUCAUACCUCGACGUUUUCAACACGACAAUUCGUGGGAAAUUUAAAAUUGCAAUUUAGUAAACUAAAAAGGCCGUAUCGGCAUGUGUUGCAAUGUUAAUAUUUCAUCAUUGAUAUAUAAACUAUCAGACUGCGUGGUUGCUAGUAGUGGCUUUCAGUAGGCCUUUAAGGUCAUUUGAAAACAUCACCACACAUUAUAAUGGCAGCUACACUUUCCAUCUAAAAAAAAUAACAUUUGGGAAUUUCCGGCGGGCCAUAAUAGAAAGUUAACGGGCCGCAUUUGGCCCCCGGGCCUUAAUUUGUGCAACCUCGGAACCACAGUACUGUAAUCAACUGCAAUAUUGAUGAGACUCCGCCUCCUCGGGCUGCCCGCCUCGCCAAAACAAGCGUACACGGAUGCAGUUGUGGGCGGGGCCAAGUCAGCAGGUUGGAAAACAGGAUAAGCUGUGAUCUGUUUGUGGGUGAGGCACUGCGUUCGGGGGCUCUUUUGCACCACUUUUUUUGUUUUUUUUCGGUCCUCUUGCACUUUUUUUUUUUUUUUUGCCGUGCGUUCGCGUUCCGUUGAGCCGACCGUCGCCACUUUCGACUGGUGCACUUUGACUGCGCAACGCUGCGUUCAUGUGCGGAAACUGCAGCGUAUUCACACGCCGUCACUAAAGUCGGUCAAGGGGGAAAAAGUUGUAGACGUUUUUUUUUUUUUUUUCUUCCUUUUUUUUUUUUUUUUUUUUUUCUUAUUCUUCCGCUGGAUACAAUGAAUAACGUUGUAACUACGGUGUAAGAAAAAAGAAAGGAGAAAAAAAAAAAAAAAAAAAGCACCUUCCGGUCCUUUCGAUGAUUCCACCCGUAUAGACUGCACGCCAUAUUUAACUGCUGGGAAGAAGAAAAAAAAAACUCCGGGGUGGAGAGAAAGUUGCUCAGUUGUUGCGCACAAUCAUGGAUCUCCACGAUUUUCUUUGCGAAGAAACACCGGCCACGGAGAAGCCAGCGUCUCGCGUAUGAGGUGCGGCACGCUAAAGAGGAUGGGCGUCACACGCCAGUGGUAAUUUCCCACCCAAAAAAAAAAACAACAAAAAAAAGUCAACCGCAGGAUACAAUGAGUCUUCCUCCUCAGAGCGGCAAGCAUCGCGCGGCGGCCAUGAAGGAGCCCGUGCAACAUGCCGGGGACGUUUAUUACGGACUGGGACCUUUGGCUAUGGAGUCGGGCCAGAGCGACAUGGCGGGAAGCUCGGGGGUUUUUAACCCGGAGAAGGCGCCGCAGGUCCUGCCGUCCUAUCAACAGGUGGCUCCCGUCAAGUGGGUGCACCAGGACUCCACCAACUGGUCUCAAGAAGCCCCCGUGCCUGGGUGGGGGCAGAACUUUGGGCCCUACAUGAAUGCCCGCGGCUUCCAUAAGAUGGCGGGCGACAAUCAGCAGCAGCAGCAGCCGCCGCCCCCAGAAGCGUACCGGGACGCCGCCCGGGGUCAAGCCCAGGGGCGGGGGCUGGAGUGGGAGCAGCAGGCGGCGGCUGCCAUGCACCAAGCCCAGAUGCAGGCGUACCAGCACGGACACAAAGACCUGCAAGGGACGCCGCACAACGUGCAGGGGUCCAUGCUGCAGCCUUUCCAGGCCACCUUCAGCAAGCAGCAGUUCUCCUCGGGGUACUACCCGGUUUUUACGGGCAACAAGGGAAUGCAGGGCUUAACGUACGGGGAGCAGCCGAAAACACAACAACAACAACAACAGCAGCAGCAGCAGCAGCAGCUGCUACACCAGAUGCAGCAGCAGCAGCUGCAGCAGCAACUUAAGCAGCAGCAGCAGAUGCAACAAAUGCAGCAGCUGCAGCAGCAUCAAUACCACCAGCAGCAACUCCACGAGCGGCAGCAACAAAUGCAGAAUAUGCAGCAAGCACAGACUCUACCCCAGCAGGACAUCCAACCCGCUAAUUUUGCCCAUUUCAACCUCUGCCCGCCUGAAAAAAAGGACUCCGCGCCAUCCCUGGAGGUCCAACCCAGGCAGCAGGGUCCUGGAGGUCUCCACCCCGCGCCGGCCCCUCCCCGACGCUCGCGCCGCCUCUCCAGAGACGGACAGUCGCCUCAGUCCCCGCCGGCCGCCGCCCACAUGUGGGCCCCCAAGGAGGCCGCCCAGAACGGAGUAGCGGGGGCUCAGGCGGCCGCCCGGGGAGGAGACGGCCUGGCGGCGACGGGGGGAGUCAUCCAGAGCACCCGCAGGAGGAGGAGGGCGUCGAAGGAGAUCAACUUGGAGACCCUGGCCCAGAAGGCUUCGGAAAUGCCCUCCCUGCCCGAGUCCCUGUCGGCGGCUCUCAAAACCGAGCAGGGAGACGGUCCUCGAGGCAAGCACGCCGCUAUGGUCCCUUUAGUCAUGCCCGUGUCCGUGCCGGUGCACAGGAGCCAAGCGGCGCCGCAGGGAGCCGCGUCGCACGGACGAGCGGCGCAGGCGGAGCGGCCCGCGGCGCAGCCGGACUGCAAACCGUCCGUCAUCGUGGCUCGACGGAAAUCCCUCAGAAACACGGACGGAGAAAGCGACCAGGGUUUAGAUGAAGAGGGUAAGGCCAAACUGAAGCGGCGCCCCCGGCCGGAGCCGCUCAUCAUCCCUCCGCCCAGACCCUCCACCUUCAUCCCGGCCUCCGUUUACUCCAGCAUCAGCGCCUACCAGAGCAACCUCCGCUCCCCCAUCCGCCUGCCGGACAACCCCAUGACCUUGCCCCCUUACACGCCCCCGCCCAUACUAUCUCCCGUGAGGGAAGGCUCCGGACUCUACUUCUCCGCUUUUCUCACCAACUUUGCCGUGAGCAACCAAAUCCUCCCGCCGCCGCCACCCACGCCCAAGUCGUCCGCCAGGAGUCUCCUGCGCUCCACGAGUUCAGACAUCACACCGCCGGUCCUGCCUUUGAUCACCGACGCUACGCCUGUGAGCCUUGAACCCCGCAUCAACAUCGGGCAGCAGCACCAGGCGGAAAUUCCCGAGUUGGUGCAACAACACUCGGCCCAGUCAGACCAGCACCAGGCCGACCUGGUUUGGCUCCCUUUAGAUGACACACGGCUGCAACACCAAGAACCGGACAGCGUGGAGAAUCUGAUGAAAAUGGCGUGUUCCAGUGUGAUCCAUGGCGGAGGAACCAACCAGGAGCUGGCUUUGCAUUGUUUACACGAAAGUGGAGGAAAUUUGCUCGAGACACUCAGACGUCUGCUGCUUCAAAAGCCAAUCUUCCCCAAAGGCCAUCACCUGGCAGGUUAUCACUACUCGGGCUCCGACAGUUGGAGUGCGGAAGAGAAGCACUACUUCAAUAAAGGGAUCUCUGCCUACAGGAAGGACUUCUUCUUGGUGCAAAAACUGGUGCAGACCAAGACCGUGGCUCAGUGUGUUGAGUUCUACUACGCGUACAAGAAACAAGUGAAGAUCGCCCGGGAUGGGAUUUUAACCUUCGGCCCUUCUGACUCACCUGUGGAUAAAUACACAGAGGCUGUGGUGGACAUUAAGAAUUCCCAGCAGUCCAAACCGUCUCAGGUCGAGGUGAAGAAGGAGACGUCCUACGACCCUGCGAGCAAUCAGCAGGCCACGGUGGCUCAGUGUCUGAAAGCUCACGACUACGCGGGAACCGUGCUGGUGAUCAAAGAACCGGAAAACGCCAUCAAGGAGGUCGGUUACGCGCCGAUGCCACAGAGGCCUCGUGCUGACGCGGCGGCGAAGAAGAGCAAAGCGCCUGUAAAGCCCCCACAAGACCCUGAUGCCGUGUUUCCAUGCAAGAAGUGUGGCAGGGUGUUCAACAAAGUGAAGAGUCGGAGCGCCCACAUGAAGAGUCACGCCGAGCAAGAAAAGAAGGCGGCGGCUCUUCGCCAGAAGGUGGCGGAGGAGCAGGCGGCGGCGCUGGCCGCUCAAGCACGGAAGGAAGCCACGUUGGCGGCGGCUGCUCAUCAGGACGGAGCGGAGAACCAGGCGGGGAUGAGCAGCCAGGAGGACUCAUCCGAGGUGGAGGACGACAAUGACAAGGACUGGCGCUGAGACUAAAACUGCGGAAGAGUAGAAGACAUGCAAGAGAACAAUCAAAGAGAGGAACAAGCACAAGAACCUUCUAGGUCUUCCUGUUGGCCUCUUGCACUAAUUUCCUGGCUGACGGUUCCACUCGUCUUAACGCCUCUCAGCAGGCUGGCACUCCACAUUUUUCCACACCGUUCUAUCUUUUAAAAUAUUCAAGAGAACUUUAUUUUUGUCUAACUGCACUUACACAGUACGCUUAUUUUUUUUUUUUUUUUGCCGACGUUGCCUUUUUUUAUAUAACCUUUAUUUAAUUGACUAGAUUUUUCCCCGGGUAUUGUUGGUGUUUCAUGAUGGAUAGCCUGUUCAACAAUGUUUCGCACAGAACAAAAAAAAAAAAAUGUAGGGCUCAUAUUUUAAAAAAAACUAAAUGAGCGCUUGUAUUCCAAAUAUGUUUGGUGUGAAUGUUGCAGAGUUUGGUUGUUUUUCUCUUUUUACAACCUUUAAAUUUAAAUUGUACAAACAAGUAUAUACAAAUUGUAAUAUUUAUGCAUUUUUCAAUAAUGUCGUUAAUAUAAAAAAAUAAAUCUGUUGCAAUAUAACUUGGAAUUGGAAAAAAAUAAAAACUGUAAAUUUG